CUGACCUAUGAGUGAACCUCUCCGGCAGGAAAUAAGCCGAGUCUCCCCCGGGCUGACAGACGGAGCUGAGCCAGCGACGACACUCGUCGUUAAAUUACCACCACUGUUUAUAGCUAGCUGUAAUUUUUAAGCUAAUAACGAAUAAGGGAGUCGAAACUUUUAGUAACGGACUCGCCGUAAAACGGAAGCAUUACGCCGGCAAAUGAUUCACAAGAUGCCUGGUCAACUCGACAGCAGCCUGAAGCCCAGAAAGAGGAAGAUCACCUCUGAGGUCAAAAGCUCCAGAAAGGCGUCUGCUGCCAGGAGGAGAUGUGUGAAAAGUUCAAAGACGCACUCGGCAGCAGAGAGCGAAUCAGGAGUCAGUGGCUGUGGUACGGCGGCCGACCCUGUGGAGGGACGGUCUCGCAUCAGCUGUGAAUGUCACCAGUCUGCGGGCAGGAGGAGGUGCUCGGCGUCACCGGAGCUCGAGGGACCAGAGGGCAAAGAGAACGAGCUGAGGACGGGGCUGGAUGCGGACGGCUGCAGCAGAGUGAACGGCUUCCAGGACAAACAGGAGCGGGAGGAGAUGGAUUACGAAGAAACCGGCAAAAACAUCUUUCCAGACGACGACAGCAACCAGAUUCUCCCCGUGGAGCAGUUCUUUGGAAACCUGGACGCUGUACAGGACUUUCCUCAGAGACCGUCAGCGACUUCUGCUCGCGCCCACCGGGAGAACAGGCGGCGACAUUACUUCGCACGAGAGGACAGCGACGAAGAGGAGGUGGACUUCUGCAGCAUGCAGCAGGACGACAGAGGAGGCACUUAGAGAUGAGUAACUGCACUGAUGACGGCUGAGGACUCACAGUGACGUCUGAGGAAAGACGUAAAAUCUCUCAGCGGCACUUAGGAAAAAAAUCAGCCAAAUGAAACACGGCGUUCAAUCAGUCCUCGUCUAAUGUGCUGAACGUGUUAAAGUUCACCACUGGUAAUUAUGACUUUGUAAACAGUUUAGUUCUUGUUCUUUAAACUUGGGAAUUGCACAAAAAAGCCAAAUUGUUUUCCACCCAUAACAUCGGGCUGAUGCCUCAAUAUUUCAUGUGUUUUAAACAGCUGCAGUAAUGAGAUUAAUAUGGACACCUGUGAGGAACAAUUGGAGGAGUGAUUGUUUAAUUAUUUAUUGUUAAAUGUAUGCUCACACCUCCCCGGGUUCAGUUGUAACAGGACUUAACCUGGACGGUGUGAUGACAGCACUUUAUAUCGACCAAUCAGUCCACAGAACAUGAGAUGCUUGAGAUUGUCUUUGAGAAGUACCAAAUACAGUGCUGGACUAAAGUCACAAACGUUAAAACUGUUUAUUUUUUCCUCACAAAUCUCCAAAUUAAAAAGGUCUGAAAUUCUAAAUGUAAAAGUCACGUGUUGAUAAAAGCAGCGUAAGAAAAGAUUUCAUGUGAUGAAGGAGCAGGGAACACACACGUCAACAGUGUCAACAUGAGCUCAUUUAAUACCACAAAUGUCAUGUCUGUAGUUUUCUUAUUCACCAAGUGUCUAAUAUUCCUGUAUAUAUAUAUAUAUAUAUAUACACACACACAUAUCAAUAAUCAAUGCAGCUAAUCAUCUUCCCUGACAUGGUUCCUGUUGGGUUUAUAUUUGCAAAAAAAUGACAAAAUUACAAAUGAAAAAUUUAUAGUAAAAAAACAAAAAAAAAAAACCUUGAGGUUUCUCGUCUAAAUCAGAGUCACAGUCGUUGUACUCGAGUUUUUCUUCUGGCCGUCCAAGCAAAUGUUUUAUAUAUUUUUACUGCCUUAUUUAUGUAAAAUGCUUUUCAUAUUCUUCUAUGCAACUUUGUGACUGAGCGAAUGCCUUGUACAGGAAACAGUCAUUGUAAUCAGCUCAUGCGUUUUUCAUCACCGGCCAACACAAAGAAGAAAUAAACAUUUUUCAUGGUU